GGAAGCAAUGAAGAAGGAACGCAGGAAAGCAGGACUAAGCAUGUUAUUUCAGCGGCUGCUCUUUCAACACCGAUUCCUGGUGUAAUUGUAUCGUUUGCACUUUCAUUUCUACCGUAGCGAAAGGACAUCACGCAUGGAUCUGUGGAUUUGCUUUUACUUCUUUGUGGUGCUGAUUUCUACUUGGAACAAGUGUGGAUUAAUAAAACUCAGUUGUUUUCAAGGGAGCGAUGCAGUAUUGGGAAGAUGGAAUGUUUAUAAAUCAAUGCAAAUUUGUUGGUAAGCUUAAGCGGCAUAGGCAAGAUGCAGAAACGGCGUCGGACAGUCAAUGGGUCGCAUAAGGAUUCUUGUAACACAAUGUAAGAAAUGAUUUAAAAAAACACAAACUGAAAGAAAAUAUAGUCAAUUAUUAACUGCAUUAGGUUUGUAUGUGCUAGCUUGCAUAGGGUCCAGUGAAAUGUUGAAAUCUACGAUAAAGACCUAUUAAAUUACCCAGGAUGGCCAAGUGGCAAUUGCCUUACUUUUGAGUCUGUGAGUUUUUUGAAUAAGAGGAUCUGGGAUAUUAAGCUUCGCAAAAAGGACUUUUAAGCUAAUUUUGUUCCUUGGAGAUGUGACAAGCGCUGUCAAAAAUUACAGGACAAUUGUGUUAACAGGAAAUGAUGGCAAAACAUAGCAAAAGCAACAUAUAUAAAAGGCUGGGUAUUAUGUAGUUCUCGAUUAAAGUCCUAUGUAAGAGACCCUACCAGUUCAAUUAAUAUACUCUUCUAUGACAUGGGCUGGGCAAUACAGCGUUUGGAUCAAGAGGAAAGGUGAUAUCCAGACAGUGUCCACCGGUUCAUGGUACUCGGCUGAAGUAAUGCAGCUGCCAAACAGAGAUGUUAAUAUCGGGAAAAUAUAUGUAUUGCAACGACCAAAAGGAUGAGACAGACUUAUAAAGGUGAGAAUAAAAAAAAAAUACAUGAAAACGGGUUUAGUACAAUGGGACUAGACGAUUACUAAAACCGGAUACUUCAUCAAGCUGGUCAGAAUCCCAUUCUCUCAACAUUUAAUUAGUCUACUUGAAAUACCUAUAUUGAAAAGUAUUAGUUUUUAUUUAUGUAUUUAUUUAUUUUUAAGUAGACAUCAAAGUCAUUGGGAUAAGGGACCGGUAGACUUUGACAGGAGUAUGGUGUAUUUCGGAAGUGACACAUGACGCCGGUUUUCUAUACUGAAGGAUUUCAUUUGUUUGGUUGAACACUGGUAAAGUGACCCGCUACCACUGAUGAUUCGCUCGCAAUUUAAUAACUUUUAUUAUUUAUUUAUUUAUUUUAUGUUUUUGUCACGUCUACAUGUGUGUUGAGACUCCUCUUUCGGGUUGUGGAAAUAUAUCCUAACUAACUGAGUGUCUUCUGUGCUAGCUAAUCUGUACGACUACAGUAUACACACGAACACAUUGCUAAGGAAUAAAAAGUCAAGUUGAACAGAAUCCCUUGACUUUGAAAGCUGAACGAAUGCCGCUUCCUUCCAUGCUGAGCUGGUCGCUGUCCAUAGCCUUGGUGGUGCUGAAAUUUGGAUGAUGCCGAGUCAGAGAUUACAAGGCUGCCGCUCGCUGGUACACAUCAACGAAGAUAAUGGUCGAUUUCUACUGCUAGCCGUCUUGAUCGCCCUUUACUUGGUGUGCGGGGCUGCAGUCUUCUCUGCAAUCGAGAGGCCAAAGGAGUUGCAGAACCAGGGACGCUGGAACCGGACUCUGUACAACUUCAGCGACACGUUUAACAUUAGUCUUGAGGACCUGAGGUCUUUUCUGCGAGAUUAUGAAGCAGCAAUCGCGGCAGGAGUCAAGGCGGAUUCUGUCAGACCGCGUUGGGAUUUUCCUGGGGCGUUCUACUUUGUGGGGACAGUGGUGUCAACUAUCGGUUUUGGAAUGACCACCCCAGCGACAGUUGCAGGCAAAGUGUUCCUGAUCUUCUAUGGGCUGCUGGGAUGCGCUGGGACUAUCCUGUUCUUUAACCUCUUCCUGGAGCGUAUCAUAACCCUCCUGGCCGUCAUCAUGAAGGCGUGCCAUGAGAGGCAGCUGCGGAGAAACGGCAUCCUGCCACCAACCAUCCGAAGGGAAUCUCAUGGUGACAGCCUGGCGGGCUGGAAGCCCUCGGUCUACUACGUCAUGAUGAUCCUGGGGAUUUCUGCCAUCAUUCUGUCAUGCUGUGCAUCAGCCAUGUACACCCUGGUGGAAGGGUGGAACUACAUGGACUCCUUGUACUACUGCUUUGUUACCUUCAGCACCAUCGGGUUUGGGGAUCUGGUAAGCAGCCAGAACGCGGCCUAUGAGAAUCAGGGAUUGUAUCGCUUCGGGAAUUUUAUAUUCAUCCUUCUGGGGGUCUGCUGCAUCUACUCCCUUUUCAACGUCAUUUCCAUCGUCAUCAAGCAAGUGCUGAACUGGAUGAUCAAGAAGCUGGAUUGCCGGUGCUGCGGAAAUUACCACAAGAACAGCACUUUCCUGAGUCGGAGGAACGCCAUCACCCCCGGCUCCCGCCUCCGCAGAAACCACUUUUCCGUGGAAACGGACGGCCCGUACGACAGCGACACCGAGGGCAGGAGGCUGUCGGGGGAGAUGAUCUCCAUGAAGGACCUGACCGCGUCCAACAAGGUGUCGCUUGCCAUCAUGCAGAAGCAGCUUUCGGAGACGGCCAACGGCUUCCCGCGGACUGUCUGCAGCAGCUCCAGACACAAUGGAUUUUCCGGUGGGGUGGGCGCCUUGGCCAUUAUGAAUAACCGGUUGGCCGAAACCAGUGACAGCAGGUAGAAACUUAACUAAUCCCCCAGAUGAAGAAAGACUUGUGCAAUAUUUAUUAUAUGCUGUAGAUCUUCAUGAGAUGGUGAAAUAGGUGAACCCGUUUUCAUUACAGCAUACUGCAGAACUUUACAAAGAAAAGCAUGCAUUGGUACAAAAUAAGAGUUGAGGAAAAUUGAAUAGUUAUGUUAUCUCUCCAAUCUCGUCACUCCCCUUAAUGUGAAACCCCCAACUGACAACCCAAAGUUUCUUAAAACCCUACAAAGAAAAGCACAGUUAUAGAUUCUUAUACAGUAGCUCUGUGCAAUUGCGCAGAACUAUCAUUGUUGCUGGUGUUUUAUAAGGGAACACGAGACAACAUCCUGUUUCAUUAACCGUUAACUCACUGCUAUUAAUGACUGUUUCAUGUUGCUGCAUUUCAUACAGCCACCAGCUCUCAGUGUACUAAGAAUCUGGACACACACAUACAUUCCUCAUGCAUUACCCAUAUCAUUAGCACAUUUUGGCCAAGCUGUAUGGAAAGUAGGAUUAACAUGUGGUCAAGGCUGUAUACAAUGUGGGAGGGGGCGUUUCUGAGGAAUAUUUUCCAGCUGAUCUCUCUUUUAGUUUACCUGCAGACUAUACUGAUAACCUGUUUUGGUCUUUAAUCUCACGUGUUCCUGCUGAAAACACACACUGCUGGUUUUGCAAACCCCAAUUGCCACUAAUCUUGCACUACCUGUUUUAAGGUAACAUUAGGAUGUCAAAGCUUAGUGUUAUUAGGGGUCUGUGAAACCACCCGACAGACAAAUAUUCAUGUAUUUAUUGUUUUAUGGCUCUAUCAUGUACAGUAUGUGGUAUCCCAAUAUUAAGUAGAAUUAAUACACAGUAACGUCAUUGCAAUUGGUGUACACACGUAGUUUUGUAUCUAUUACAGAGAGACAUUUCAUUUUUUUUUACACAAUUGUAGGGGGGUCUAUUGAAUUGAUCAGAUCUUUUGUUGUUUAAUUUUUUAAAAUAUGACACUCAUUUAUAUUUCAUAGAAAGCAAAAGACCUGAAAGAGAUUCACCUCCACUCCUGAAGGCUUGAUUUUCAUAACCUGUAAGGAAACUAAAUGAUAUUAUUUCUGCAUUAAGGAGAGCGCACAACAAGCAUUUAAGCAAUUUCCUUUAUUAAUUCCAACAAUCAAACAUCACACUUUUUCAGCGUAAUAAUUAUUAUUAGACACAAUUAUGAGGCCCCUAGUUAUUAGCAGAAAUUAAGCAAUAAUUAGUGCAUCGCACACAGUGCUAGUGCGUGUUCAUGGAGGAUCUUGUAUGUAUCUCAAAGGCACUCUCGAAAGCGUGUGUGUUGUGUGCAGCUGAACCAAGGUGAAGCCCUACACCCCACUCUUGUUCACUGCUGCAGAAUUCCUUCCACAGCUGCUUACCUUGCAGCUACGCUGAGCACGGUGCACUUACAAAACUAGUUUAACCCUUCAUUAUCCUUACAACCCCUUUGACACAAAGAGAUUUCUAAAGUGUGAGGAUAAUUAGACCCAGCAUUGUUUAAUUUAAUUUACCCACACGUUGGUAUCUAGUUAUAUAAUAUAAAUACAUUACUUUUCAAAUAUUUUAACACUUACAGUUAACGAUUAACAAAUAACUCAAUUAAAAUCUAGAAUUGCUUAGUAACGGCAGCCGAGGACCUAAUAUAGGUGUCCAGAAAUGUCUGCAGGUAACAAAUAAGAAACAGAAUGGCAAGUACAUAUUACAUUCCCUUAAUUGCACAGCACAGAGUACUGGUACUGGCUGGCGUUUUGCUUGAAGACGAUUCAAUAAACAGUGUAUUUUUACAUGUUUGAAAGUGGUUUUCUAGACAGAUUGUUUUCUAUGUAUGGGGCAGAUAAUAGCACCCCUACCUUUUUAUAACUAAUUACAGCCACGUCCUUUUAGUCGUAAAAGUCAUUUUCUAGGACAGAUUUCAAUCAUUUCCAUGCAUGUGAUGUCACCCUGUCUUGCUUAAGGGUUUUUAGACGGUACUGUUGAGGCACAAAAGAAGAACAAAUUUGUAAACACUUAUUUUGAGCUACAUUAAUUACAUGGAAGACUUUUUGGACCAGAUCAAUUGAUUCGAUCA